AUGAAGGAAAAAGAAGGCCCGCCCAUUUACGCGAUCUUUACUUUGCUACUCAUUUCAGGGGGCUGGACGGAAGGCAGCUGGCAUGGUUAUCGCUCUCGCCGAUCCUAUCCUAUCGCUUUGAAUCCAUGUCCGGCCUACCCAAUCUCAUCAACCUACUGCUCCUCCAUCAACAGGGCAGAGCUAAACUCCACGCUUGAAGAACCAUGCCAAUUUACACUGCCACAGUAUGCUUGUGGCUCAGCAGACCAGAUCUCCAACCUGACGUCAAGUGAGCUGGCCUCCAUCCUCAAGUGCUCCAUCACAGACUCUGAGGCCCGGCUGGACCAAGGGGCUUUCUUGAUGCUCUUUGAAAAUGUUGACAAAGACACACUCCAGGCAGCUCUGAAUGAGAUAAAUCUGCAGGUCUCUGGGGACCAAAUCUCACUGACAGCCAAAACCUUCUUGCUGAAUGCAGCAUGGGAAAAGAUCAAGGCAGACCCCCGGGUCCAGAGCGCAGGCUUCCUUGCCUCUUGGUUUCAAGACACAGUGCACUCCUACCUGGCAGCGAUAAACUCCAAUGUCCUAGAGUGCAUGACUCAGCUUCCGAUCACUUGUGAUGGCUUCGCUACUGUUGUUCAGGCUCUGGACAGUGCAUAUUCUGGGAUGGACAGCAGCACAAAGCAACAGGUUGCCAACUGGAUUGGGAGAUUCCUUACAAUACAAAGCUGCCCACAGAGUUCACCCAAAGAAUGGAUUCAGAGCUACUGGAAGAGUUUCCUGAACAACGCCUCAUACAAUGACCUCCUGAAGACCUGGAGUGGAUUUGAUGGGUUUGCAGCUUUGGAUGUCCUGACGGCCUCCCAGCUUGCCCAACUGACCAUUGCUCGUGGUGUCCUGGCCAAUGCCAGCCUGGCAGAAGCUGUUGCCCAAACCCUCCGCAGCCAGAGCAUCCGCUUCAUGGAAGAUUACUUGACUCAGUUAUCACUGUUGCCCCUGGAGCCCUCACCUGAGAGCGGAGCCAGCUAUCUGUUGCUGGAGACCGUUCUGAGGAAGGUGAAUGAGAGCUUCCCCGACCUCUGCUCACCCUCCUUGAAAGACCUGUUUCAGGUGAAACUGAUGAGGUUCCUGCCUGUUGCUGAUGCAAAGAUCCUGGAGCUUUUCCCGACCAAAAUUGGUUGCACAGACUUCCAUGAUAUGUGA